AUGCUGGGGCGGGUUCUCCUGCAGAUCUCACUGCUCCUCUGGCUGACACAGCAGAGCUCACAGGGAGGGGCUGGGAUAUUAGGGGGCCGUGGGUAUGGUGUGACCAAGCCAGGCAAAGCAGGUGGCCUUGGACCUGGUCUUGGGAAUGGAGCUGGUGGUGCUGGUUUGGGUCCUGGCACAGGACUGGGACUGGCAAAUGGACUGGGAUUAGGAACCCAGUUGGGAAAACAGGCAGGACGAGGGUACGGCGGUAAUGGCUAUGGAGGUCUCCCAGGUUACGGUCCAGGAGCAGGGGGCUAUCCUGGUGCAGGACGUGGUGCUCCAGGGGGAAUCUAUCCCUCAGGAAAAGGUUCCAAGCCCUCUAAACCUGGUUAUGGACCAGGCCUUGGACGCUACCCCGGAGCAGGGCUUACCAACGGCUAUGGAACAGCUUAUGGGCCCCUUGGAUACCCUCAGGUGGGUCGAGGUGGCAAGCUGACAGGGUAUGGUGAUGGUCAGGGAGGUUACCCAGACAGUGGUGUUAGCAACGGCUAUGGAAAUGGUGAAUACCUCUCGUCUUCUCUGAGUCAGAGGGGACCUGGUGUGGGGGCCAAGGCAGCGCUGGCAGGUGCCAAAAGUAAUGGUUACACCAAUGGUUAUGGAGUUGGUGAUGGCUAUGGUGCUGGUGGACUUGGAGGAGGCCUGGAACCUGUUUCUGGCAAGUACAGUGAGUAA